AAAAAAGGGACGGCUCAGCUGAUUUGGUUUAGUUAGGGUUAGGGUUAGUUAUGAGGGCUAAUCUCAAUGACUAAAGCUGCCCUGUCUCAGUGGAAAAAUACAAAAGGGAAGUGAUAGUAUACCUUGGAUCGUUGCCAACUCUUGGUCAACUCUGACGACAUGGUGUGCACACCAAACUGACCAAUAAUUAGGUCGUAAAGGAACCAAAGGAAACCGUAGCUACUUUGUCUCUCACUCUGGAUCUGCCCAUGACAUGUUUGUGUAGAGCUCCUGCUGAAUGCCCAGCUGAAAGGAAUACUGAUCAGUUUGUUGUUGCUGGGAGCAACUCUUGGGGGAGGGGGCUUUGUGAUGGCGGGGGAAUUCCUGAAAGGGAACAGCCUCGAGACCCCUGGUCAAGAAAAUAGUCUGGUUAAAAAGACUCAGCUGUUGGAUCGUGGCCAAUGGGCAAACAAGUUGGAGUUUUUGCUGGCUGUUGCAGGAACCCUGGUUGGGCUUGGAAACCUCUGGAGGUUCCCCUAUUUGUGCUACAAAAAUGGGGGAGGCGCAUUUCUGGUUCCAUACGUCUUGUUCCUUCUUUCUUGUGGUAUCCCAAUGUUCCUCCUGGAGACGGCCAUGGGACAGUUCACAUCUCAAGGGUGCAUUACAUGCUGGAGGCACUUCUGCCCUCUUUUUGAAGGGAUUGGUUAUGCUACCCAGGUUGUGAUUGCAUACGCUGCGGUAUCAUACAUCGUCAUCCAGGCAUGGGCUUUCUUCUACCUCUUCUCAUCCUUCAGGGCUGAGGUUCCAUGGGCCAGUUGCAGGAACCCCUGGAACACAGAAACUUGUGUUGAAUUUGAUAGAAGAAACGUAUCGUCCAACUGGACAGCAGCUGCAAACGCAACAACGCCUGCGACAGAAUUCUGGGAGAGGCGAGUUCUGGGUAUAUCCGGAGGGAUUGAGGAGGUCGGUAGUCUAAGGUGGGAGUUGGCUUUGUGUCUCUUACUGGCAUGGGUCCUGUGCUACUUCUGUGUUUGGAAAGGAGUGAGAUCCACUGGAAAGGUGGUUUACUUUACAGCCACUUUCCCCUAUGUGAUGCUUAUUGUUCUAUUGGCCCGUGGACUCACUUUACCAGGAGCCAUGGACGGAUUAGCCUUCUACCUGUAUCCUGACCCGACAAGGUUGGUGGACCCUCAAGUUUGGAUGGAUGCAGGUGCACAAGUUCUUUUCUCUUUUGGGAUUUGUCAGGGGAGUUUGACAGCUCUUGGCAGUUACAAUCAGUAUAACAAUGAUUGUUACAAGGACACAUUUGUUCUGUGUUUGGUGAAUGGCGGGUCAAGUUUUGUAGCAGGGAUUGCUAUAUUCUCAGUUUUGGGUUUUAUGUCCUAUGAACAAGGACUGCCAAUAUCUGAAGUGGCUGCUUCUGGACCUGGCUUGGCUUUUAUCGCCUAUCCACGUGCAGUAGCUAUGAUGCCAUUUCCUCAGUUAUGGGCCAUAUGUUUCUUCAUCAUGGUCAUCUUGCUGGGUGCAGAUACGCAGUUUGUGAGUUUGGAGUGCCUAAUGACCUCAGUGACAGACAUGUUUCCCACUGUGUUUCGAAGAGCCUAUCGUCGAGAACUGCUGCUGCUCUUUCUCUGUUCUGUUUGCUUCUUUCUCGGCCUCCUUCUUGUCACAGAGGGAGGCCUGUACUUCCUUCAACUCUUUGACCAUUAUGUUUGCAGUGGAAACAAUCUACUACUUCUUUCAGUUUGUCAGUCAGUAGCUGUUGGAUGGAUUUAUGGAGCAGAUCAGCUCUACGACAACAUUGAAGACAUGAUAGGUUAUCGUCCAUGGCCACUCAUGAAGUAUUGCUGGCUUUACAUCACCCCCACUGUUUGUCUGGGUACCUUCAUCUUUUCAAUUGUGAAAUACAAACCUCUCAAGUUCAACAAAACCUACGUCUACCCGACUUGGGCUUAUGCUUUGGGCUGGUCUCUUGGACUGUUCUGUGUUCUACUGGUUCCUCUGUGGAUGAUCUUUAAGAUAACUCAGAUGAAAGGGACGGUGGGCCAGAACCUCAGGCAACUUUGUCGCCCUGAAAACAAGACACACAGCACAGCAAAGCAACCUGAGCAGUACCCUUUGAACCCGGAGAACACACUUGGUCCUGCUGCCAAUGAAUACAAGGCAAAUGGGGGAGCUGAGAUGGAGAUGCAAAUGUGAGAUACUUUGAUAAUGUCUUAAAUGUUACGCUUGUACCUUAAACUUAACAAGUUUUACAAGCUACAUAAUGAUAAGCAAUAUAUUUAGAAGACUUCCAGGUCCAAUAGUUUACCAUAUCAAGUCUGCGUCCAAGACAAUAAGCAAUGAGUCUUGUCUUAUGGUUGAAUGUCUCUGCUCUUCAGCUACAUAGAACACAUACCGUAUUGGAGCUUAUGAAGUUUUGAAUUUACAGUUAAAGCAAUCUUUUAAUGUUUAUGGUUAAGAUGAUUCAUGUGUCCAUGUUUCAGUGUGCCCCCUCCAUAGCCUCAUUUAUUCACCGUAGGUAAAGAAUAAAAUAUCUCUGCAUGCAUACGAUGGACCUAAAAGCAAUGAAAUUUGUGAUGAUGUAGCAUUGUUAAGUAUUUGAUGACAGAGAUUUUAUCUAGAGGUUGUGAAAUACAGUUACUGACAAGGGCAAACAAGCUGCGGAGCCUCAGCAGAUUUUCAGAGGGAGAAACAGGCUUCAAGUUCAGAAACAAUGCAAAUUCUUACAUUCAUGCAACAAUCCCCCCCAAAAAAUAGGGCAACAGGAAUGCGCCCAAAUUACUUAAAGCUACAAUAAUAACAGUUUGGUUCGGUGCUCUUUGGCGCCCACCAUAAGUAUCUGAGUGCAACUGCACCGUUAUAAGUCACACAUAGGGCACUACUCCUUUCCUUUAGACAAUGUGCAUUUGUUUACACGUAUAUUGCGUGAAGCCGGCAAAGACUUUGCGAGAAGUUAAAACAACCUUGGAAAGGUUCAGAAAUAUUACCAGAUUUUGCGCAAUUGUGUCUCUGGAAGUGUCUUCAGCCCGCUGGUUUUAAGCUGCAUGUGGAGUAUGUACGUGUAUUCAACUGUUGUGGCUAAAUGGCUACAUUGGAGAGAUUAAUUCUUUAUGCUAGUGGAGAUAAGUUUGUAAGCCUCCAGACUUUAAAGCUAACUUGAAGAUUGACAAGAAAGAGACAACUCUUUGGCAUAAGAUGGGCUUUUUUGUAUGCAAACCUGAGGCAUAACUCCUGGUAGAGCUGCUCAACACGACACCGGCAAAGAAACUGCCUAAUGUAACGUUGAAAUCUGUUAUGAAUUAUAUCUGCAGGGAUGUACACUCUGCUUCUUGCUCGAUGCUCGUGACAAAAUUCUUAAAACAUUCCUAGAAUCAUGAAAAAGUUUUUAAGAAUCUCCCCUCAAGCCUCUUAGCCGGUGUGAGAGGAUUCUCAGAAUGUUUGUGAAUACAUGCCAUGAAAAUUUGUCAACUGUCAACGAAAUGCACUGACUUUUAGGCACUCCCAUUCUCUGACAAUGAAAAAAUGAAACUGAUCAUUUAGACAUCAACAGCAGCGGAUACAUAAUCAAUUUAUACAUUGAUUAUUGGUUCUGUUAGCAAUUUGUGUUAUAUAUUUUGUAAUACAGAAAAGUUCAUUUGAUUCUGUAUUUUCUUUAUUAUAUUCAAAUCCUACAAAUGUAUUUCAAAACAGUGGGAAGUCAGAGUGUGCUACAACGGUAGGCUAAAUAUUGCUUUGUUUAGUUGAUCUUUGCAAAAGAGAAACAAGCACUCCGGACAAAGUCUUAUUUCCUGUUUUUUGCAGAUGGAGAUCUAAAGCCACAUAUCUUACCUUUAGGCCAACUAGAAGAACAUUCAGCAGUUAAAAUCAUUUAUCUUUAAAUUGUUUCAAAUGAUCUGUAAUAUCAUAGAUUUUUUCUUCUUUUUUUCAAAAGAGGCUGCUUAAAACUGAGUAAAAUAGAAAGUUUAAUGCAGACAACAAAUUUACUAUUUUCAAUUGAGAACUUCUUUUUCAUCUUAUAAAGAAUAUUUUAUAAUUGCAUUUAUUAUUAUUAUUUUUUUAAACACUGACUUAGUGACCCUUGAGCAUAAUUGAACAAUUUUGCCUACAACUGGGCUCUGGCAGUUUGGGAGGCCCUUCUUUCUUUAUGCCGCUGACUUUCUACACAGAGGUUGGAUUAAAUAUGUUUAAGCCUAUUUCUUUUUCUGUUCUGUGUUAAAGUUUUAAAUUUUGUCCAGCAUAUUUAUUCCACUUUAUUAGGCGUUAAUGUGUUAAUUUCAAUCUAACAGAUUUUGAUGCUAAGCUACCAAUUGCAUACCCACAACUGGAUAUGUUUUUCUUAUACAGUAUUUUCACUGAUGUUCAGACAGUCACAUUAAAUACAAUUUUCUUUAACAUUCCAAAUGAUAGCAAUGUUCAACCUUUGUACUGCUUAAUGUCCAGUAUACUCAAGCUUUUAUGAGUUAUUUUCCCUUGAAAGUUGCCCUUUCAAGCCUCAUUCUCUUCUUCUCAGGAGCAAAGACUGCUGAGGCACAUGGGUAAUGUAGUACUUACAGCAUUGAACUGGCAUAAAACAAUCUCAUGAUUAAGUUGAACUACUUACAAUCAAUAGCCUAAGCCCUUUAAUUUGACCAAUGAGGAAGUUACUAUAUUUUCUGACAUAUGAUGUAUUAUGCAAAGUCUCAAAUGUUUUGACUACAUUGAACCUGAUGUAUGAAACAUGUCAUGUUUAGGUUCUAGUUUCACUGUUUGUCUUUGACAGUAUGCAUGAGUUACUCUUAUUGAGUUAUCUUUGGAUAUAACAUUUGAUGCUGUUGACACCACAGGCCAAUCACAGAGAUGCACUUUUUCAGGCUACUUAAUGUAGACUUUGUAUAAGCAAUGCAAAACUUGUAUUUUUCUUAAAUUGUAUCCAUGCUACGAGAGAUCAAUAAAAUUUUGUGUCAUA